AUGUCGAAGGCCACGGGCCUGACGGUAAAUGUCGUGAAAGCGCUCGAAGCCGUCAGAUACGUCGCCCGACAUAAAAACACCGAGACAGCGCAAGGGUACACCGGCCAGAUCCAAUACGACUUUUUGAUGCCUAGAGUCGAGCAUGCAAGGACAUUCGAUGACCUAUCUAUUCCUACUCUUGUGACGACAGCGGAGGUCGAGGAUAAGCUUUUGGAGAUGCUCAUGGACACUGGCAAUGCAACGGCUACUGAUCGCGCCGCGGCCGCAAAGAACAUCAGAGACCAGAGGUUCCGAGCCUGGCGUGAUCAGAAGUCCAAAAGGAGCCCCGUCCCCGAACCAAGUCCGGAUUCACCAGCAAGUGACGAAGGCGACGAAGAGCUUGUUGAAGAUGGGGUAGACGCCACGCCGCGUAUGAGAUUCUCGGUGAGGAGACAGAGGCGGAUGACGCCGCCCAAGGAGGAGCAAUUAAAUGGUUUUAGAUUUGUUCCCACUGGAAAUUCCCGAGAUACACCAUCGGCAUUCCAGGUUGCACCAAGACAAGAGAACACGAGGGCCUCAUGCGAUACAAUGCAGGCGGUUGCGUCAACCAAAUUCCAACUCGGAGCAACGACCAAAAUCCCAGAGCUACCACUAGACUAUGUCGAUAGUGAAUAUGGGAUUGACGAAGAUGCCGAACAGCAGCAACAGCAGCAGCGGCAGGACAAAUAUGGAGAUAUUCUUCUCGAAAACGCGGAUCGGCCCGAGGAGCACCAUGGCCACACCCCCCGAUUCAAGUCCUCAGUCAUGUUGAAACGCACACGCGAAUUCAUCGAAAAGGACGGUCGUACUACAAGCCCUUGA